AUGGCUUCCAUUAAUCUUCUUCUUAUCAUCAUCCUCGUACUCGUUUCUCACCAUCUAACUUCCGGAUAUGCUCUAUCCACAAUAAAUACUGCCUCAAAACAAGAUGAUGAAUCCUAUGUUAUGGCUACGAGUGAUAAUGUUGCAAAUCUAGCGAAAGCUCGAAAUCUUCAAGCUCUAGGAGCUGACUCAAAAGUGAUUAUGAUUAAAGCAGUUGCUAAACUAAAGAGUUCGAGGAGGAGAAAGAGCCAUAUAGUAGAAACACUUGAUGUUCCAGCUCUUGUUGGAAUCAUAAUUGCAGCUGUUAUGGUUACCAUUGUGAUCAUCGGUCUUACAAUCUCUUGUUAUCUGAGGCUCAAAACAAAGAAGGCUCAAAGUAUUGAACAAGAAAAAAUAAACGGGUCAUCGGAAACUCAGUCUUCCAAAACAGAGAAUCAUGUCUAA